AUGGGGGCUUACAAGAGUGCUACACCUAUCUACAACAGAACAGCCAUGAAUAAAUCUAAUGACAUUUUCAAGAGAAGUGACAGUCUGGGCAUGAAUCAGACCUCGAUGUCUGCAUCAGAGUUUGUUCUGCUUUGUACAAUUGAUUCCCAGAAGAAAAACUACGCAAUUGCUAUCCUCACGAUGGUCUACUUGGUGACGCUGUGUGGGAAUUUCCUGGUAAUUCUGGUCAUAGCAAUGCAUCCUCAUUUGCAGAAGCCCAUGUAUGUUGGCAUUGCUACUUUAGCUGUAAUCGACUUGGUUGGCAGCACAAAUAUUACUCCCAAACUUAUUGCUGUCCUUUUAGACUGGGUGGCUAUUCCUUACGGACCUUGCUUGCUUCAGCUGCUUUUGGUGUUAUAUUUAGGGGCAGUGGAAUCCUUUCUUUUGGCUUUCAUGGCGUGUGACCGCUAUGUGGCAGUUGUUCAUCCACUGCGAUAUUCUACACUCAUCACAAAAAGAACCGUCUGGGCCGCUAGUAAAAUAGCCUGCAAUGAAAAUCCUAAAUACUUUGUCAUUUUGUCAAUCGCUUCUUUUGUGUUUGGUGUUUUUCCAAUUGCAUUUGUUUUACUUUCCUAUGCAAGGAUUGCUUAUGCUGCUCUGAAGAUCUCAUCUGUUGAUGGAAAGAGGAAGACUCUGAAUACGCUCUCCACCUUCCACUAUCAAGUCAUUUCUCAAUGGCCUUCCUAUCCUCUGACUCAGACGAUGAUGCCUUUCUUUUUAGAUGCUCGGUUCUCCCUAAUUGAAAUUAAGCAGGCACUGCUCUCCAUGACUAUUGGCAGUACACCUGGUUUGGAUGGUUCUCCUCCAGAACUGCUUUCUGCAUUUUGGAACCUGUUGUCGCUUCCACGUUUUGGCAUGUUGAGGGAAUCCAUUUCUAUGGGUCACUUUGAAAUGGUCAUGAAGACCCUUAGAAUCUCACUGUCUUUAAGCUAA